AUUGCGAAUUACGGUAUUGGUGGCCAUUACGAUCCACAUUUCGAUUUUGCUCAAAAAGAUGAACCGAGAGCGUUCGAAUCGCUGGGAACUGGCAAUCGUGUGGCAACCGUUCUUUUUUAUUUGACUCAACCUGAAAUUGGUGGAGGUACAGUAUUCACGGAAAUCAAAACAACGGUCAUGCCAUCUCAGAAUGAUGCGCUAUUCUGGUAUAACCUUUACCGAUCCGGUGAAGGUGAUCUCCGGACGCGGCAUGCGGCAUGUCCGGUUUUGGUUGGCAUCAAGUGGGUGGCCAAUAAAUGGAUUCAUGAAGUCGGACAAGAAUUUCGAAGGACUUGCGGUCUGAGGCCAUCUAUACAAGAGCGUUACGUCGGUGAUUUAGGCGCUCCGGAGCCAAAAGAUUACCCAAAUAUUCGUUCUGUUUAA